AUUUUUAGGUGAUAGUUCUGUGGCAAUGAAGGAUCUGAUUAUUUCAAAAACUGACCAACUAUUACAUUUCAUAUUUCCAAAUCGAUGUUACGAAAUAAUGCUUCUGAAAUAUAACUUCCUUCAUCAAGAAUGUAUAUCGAUGGUUACGUCGCGAAUGCUUGGGCUUGGUCUAACUCUUGGCUCACUGCUUAUAUUCAUACCACAAAUUUUGAAAAUUCAGUUUGCACAGUCAGGCGAAGGAAUUUCAUUGUCAUCACAGUUGCUUGGAUUGUUUGCUUGUUUUACAGUAACAUCCUAUAGCUAUGCCAAGGGAUAUGUUUUCAGUCAAUGGGGUGAUUCAUUUUUCGUAACGAUCCAAAUGGUCAUAAUAAUUAUCCAAAUUUUUUGGUUUUCAUCAAGGCAAACUCACGCAGCUGUAUUCUUUGCAUUUUGCUGGACAAUUAGUUGUGCAGUAAUGGGUGAAUAUAUCCCAAAUGAUGUGCUUGCAUUGCUUCAGGCUAUAACCAUUCCAAUUGUUAUUGUCGCUAAAUUUCUACAAAUUCGGGCAAACUACCAACAACAGAGUACUGGCCAACUAUCAGUGAUCUCAGUAUUCCUCCAGUUCGCAGGAUGUUUAGCACGAAUAUUUACUUCCUUAAAGGAAACUGGUGACCAGCUAGUGAUUAUCAAUUACAUUAUCGCCGCUUUACUAAAUGGCAUAAUUUUUAUUCAAUUUCUCCUUUAUUGGGGUGGUGCGGAAACGAAGAAAAAGGUGUCUUGAGACACACAAACGUU